AUGUCGCCCACCCAAAUCAUGACUAGGCCUUGCCGUUCACCAUUCCAGAUGGACGGAACUACAGAAACGUACUUUAUGAGAUACCCCGGAGCAGGUGAUCUUCCCUCCCCUCCCAUCGAGCCGCUGCCCACCAAAGAGGAACUCCUCGAGCUCUGUGACUCGGUACGGACGUCACUUCGCCAGUCAAAGAGCCUCGGGCCCCACGCAGAUAGAAUCCAGAGCCUCCUGGAGAGAGCUCUCAAGGACGAGCUGCACCACACUCAAUUCCUCGACUUUGAGACGCUCCAGUACGCUCGCCUAGACAAGCUGCUCGCCGACGUCCUCGACCCCGCCCACCGGCCCCUCCCGCUGCCGCUCCGCUUCCGCGCCGACAUGGCUCUAUGCGAGAGCCUGCAGAAAAUUUGGAGAGCCCGCUUCCGCGAGCACUACUUUUCUCUCGAUCAAGUGCGCCAGCGCACCCUGUCGAUCGGCGGCGAGAUGCGCGACAUCCACUUCACCGCUUCUGGCAUGGACCCUCUCGAGUCUUGGGCCGUCAACAACAGCUGCUGCGACCCCAUCUCGGAAGUAGAGGGGAACCAGCAGUUUGAGCCUGGACACUGGUGGUUGAACCUCGCUUGCGCGCACCGUGACGGCGUCAUUGGCACCGCGGUCGAGAAGCCCACCAAGGGUAAAUACGGAGUCACCGCCCUGCCCCUCCUUACCGGACGCGAGGAGCAUAUCCGCGGCCACCUUUACCGAUACGUCCGCGAGGGCCGGCUCUCCGACAUGCACGUUUCUCUCCUCACCCAAGUCGGGACUCAGAUCCGCAUCCUGAGGGGCUACCGCCUCAAGAGCACGCUUGCUCCCCAAGCCGGCGUGCGCUAUGAUGGCCUUUACACAAUCCGCCAGUACGGCAACAAACUCGACGCCACCACCGACAAGUACCGCCUCGAGCUUCUCCUGGAACGCGUCGACGGCCAAAAGAGUCUAGGGGAGGUGCAACAGGUGCCUCAUCCGUCUCAGAUGGACGACUGGCAGACUUUUAAGAAGGUCGAGGCCGAAAUGGUACGCCAGCGCAAGGGCGACGACGGCCUGCUCGACUUCAAGAUGCGCAAGGAGGAGGAACGUAUCGAUCGCGAGCACUGGAGGCGCGCGAGCGAGUUCAAGGCCUCGAUGAGCCAAGAAGGCUGCGGACUGGGUUUGAUCAUGUCUGUAUGA